AUGAUUUUCCGUAAAUCUAGUAUUGUCUCUAUUUCCACCAUGAAUACCGUUGAUCGUGUCUUGCCGCUGGGUGAGCAUGUGAUGGAGGCACGCCAUGUUCGCGCAAUGGCAAGUUUUGCAACCGAAUGCGACUAUCAGUCCAGUACGGAAUUUUUGGUGAAAGAGCAAGCUGCUGAGAGCUGGUUGACUUGGAUUUGGCGUCUUCUGGGUCUGCAAGCGUCCGAUGAGUCGAUGGGCGAAAUCUCUGAUUGGACGUUUGAUUCCGAUCGGAUUGCAAUUAAUUGA